UCAUUCCCGUCAUUCGCAAUUUUUGCUUCGUGAGGUUUGUACGUGUGGUGAAAUGAUUCACUGACAUUUCGCAUAUCACGUACUAAUAGUGUGAUCUAUUGUUUUCCUUUUUGUUAUUUAAAUGCUCUCAUAAUUUGUAAUAAUGGCGCCGAGUUUAAGCAAGUUGACGGAAAGGACAGACGUGAAAAUUGCCUUAGCUGCAUCAGCAGCACUAAGUGCUUGGAUCAUAAGGAAUUCGUUAAAGUCAAGAACCAAAAAUGUUGUUAGACGAAGCAAACCACUGCCAGAAGAACAAAUCCAAUACAUGAUAAAGGAGAAAAACAAAAAGGGACCGAAAGCAAAUGUGGACGCAAAGUUCAUAGCAGAAUUGAAGUUGUUAUGGAAGAUCAUGUUCCCUGGUCUGUGGAGUAAGGAGAGUGCCUUGAUGGGUCUCAUCGCCCUGUCUUUGAUCUCCCGGUCCAUGUGUGAUUUGUGGCUUAUACAGCACAGCACUCUCAUUGAAGGGUCCAUAAUUACAAUGAAUCUUAGUGAAUUUAAGAGGCUACUAUUAAAAUUCUUCAUGGCCAUGCCAAUGAUAUCACUUGUAAAUAAUGUAUUAAAAUGGAGCAUAGGAGAGACGAAGUUACGGAUCCGAACCAACCUGACGUUGCAUUUAUAUCAGCAGUAUUUGAAAGGUUUCACCUACUACCAAGUGACGAACCUGGACAACCGGAUAUCGAACGCGGAUCAGCUGCUGACUACCGACAUCGAUAAGUUCUGCGAAACUGUCAUAGACCUCUACAGCAAUAUUAGCAAGCCGCUACUCGAUAUUGGCAUUUAUUUGUACCGGCUCACUGUCAACUUGGGACCUUCGACACCUGGAAUAAUGAUGGCGUAUCUACUGUUAUCUGGAAUGUUCCUAACUUAUUUAAGAAGACCAACAGCGCGUCUGACCGUCCAAGAACAAAAGUUGGAGGGAGAAUUCAGAUACGUCAACUCUAGGCUAAUUACAAACUCGGAAGAAAUCGCCUUCUACCAAGGUAACCACAGGGAGCAGUUGACGCUACUCGCCAGCUUCUACAAGCUGACGCGACACCUGCGCAACUUCCUCAACUUCCGCGUCGGCAUGGGCUUCAUCGACAACAUCGUCGCCAAAUAUAUCGCUAUUACGGUUGGUUUCUACGCCGUGUCAAGGCCGUUCUUCGCGGCGAACCACAAUCUGCUUACGACGGGCUCUGAGAACGACAGGUUUAAGCACUACUACACGUACGGGCGGAUGCUGGUGAAGAUGGCGGAGGGCAUCGGGCGGCUCGUGCUGUCGGGCCGCGAGCUCAGCAAGCUGGCCGGGCUCACGGCCAGGGUCACGCUGCUGCGGGCCGUGCUGGCCGACGUGCAGGGCGGACAGUACACGCGGACCAUGGUCAACCUCAAGAACGACCAAGGAGAGAACGGCGCACCGAUACUGAUGGCGCCGGGCGCGGGCCGCAUCAUCUACCAGGAUAAGAUCAUCAGGUUCGACAAGGUGCCGCUGGUCACCCCCAACGGAGACAUACUCAUACCAGACCUCACCUUCGAAGUCAAAGCCGGUAUAAACGUGCUGGUGUGCGGCCCCAACGGUUGUGGCAAGUCGUCUAUGUUCCGCAUCCUGGGCGAGCUGUGGCCCAUCUUCGGCGGCACGCUCACCAAGCCGCCCAAGGGGAAGCUCUUCUACGUGCCGCAGCGGCCCUACAUGACGCUCGGCACGCUCAGAGACCAGGUGAUCUAUCCCCAGACCCGGGAAGAGAUGGUCCGUCGCGGCCGCACGGACGCCCAGCUAGACAGAUUCUUGGAGAAAGUUCAGCUGGCGUACUUGACGCAGAGGGAAGGCGGCUGGGACGCCGUCGAGGACUGGAUGGACGUGCUGUCUGGAGGGGAGAAGCAGAGGAUCGCUAUGGCGCGUUUGUUCUACCACGAGCCUCAGUUCGCCAUCUUGGAUGAGUGCACAAGCGCCGUCUCCGUAGACGUUGAAGGACAGAUGUACCAAUAUUGUAGAGAGAUGGGUAUAGCCCUGUUCACGGUAUCACACCGCAAGUCUCUAUGGAAGCACCACGACCACUACCUGCAGAUGGACGGCCGAGGAGGAUACGUCUUCGGAGAGAUCGACUCCGAGACGCAAGAAUUCGGAUCGUGAUGUAGUUAGCUGUACAUAUUACGAGUAGGCCAUGACUUGAGCCAGGCGGUACUUUACGGGAAUACAUUUUAAAUAAACUUUGUUAAUAUACAUUGAUAUAUAAGUACCGUUCUUCUAUGCUGUUCUGGGAGCAAAUAAAAAACAUAGAACACGUUCAGCUGCUUCUCUUCCCGGGCAUGUCGUAAAAACCGACAGUGGGAUUGUGUCCUCUAACAUGAUGGACUAAUGUUAUGGGCGAUAGGCUGAUCCCUUAUCACCAUAAGGUUCAUCAUAUCCAUCUUUGGACUUCGUAUCAACAGUGACUGCAAGUUGUCUUUGAUUACUUGUGGCUCUGCCCGCCCCAUUAGGGAUUACGGGCGUGAGUUUAUGUAUGUAUAUAAGUACCGUAGAUUCAACACGGAACACAUAGGAAAUGUUUAAUGUGUAACAUUUUUUGUAAUCAUUCAUUUCUCAUUAAAGUUAUCCGUAUUAUGGUAUAAGAAGACCUUAGGCUUAGCACCGUAAGCACGCGACUCUCUCUCGCCUCGACAUACGUCACCUGUCACUCUCUCACAGUACUGCACAGAAAGAGACAGAUGAUCUCUGUCGCGGCGAGAAAGAGUCGCGUGCUUACGGUGCUAAGCCCGCAGGUAUGCUCAAUCCUAUAACAAGCCGCCAUUGCUGUGUUACCAUUAAAUUGGUACCUCCAAAAUUCCAAGAACGUAAAUUUUAUUAUUGAAAAUUAAGUGAAUUACUGACUAAUGCACUUAAUUAAUAUUAUUUGUGACAUAUAUAAAAAUCAUUAAAACUGUAAAUCUUGACUAAAAGUUCAAAAUUUCCUUGCAAAGUAAAUAUAAAAACAUUGGUUGUGGGUAAUUUAUUUAUUACGAAAUGGCAAUACAGGGCGGGAUGACGUCAGCUGGGCUAACCUUGAAAUGUUAGCUAUUAGUUUUGAGCAUACCUGGUUUUCUUUCUUAUACUGGAGACGUUACUGGAGUGUAAACUUGGAAAAUUCUUUCCAUUUCUUUUUAGUUAUUGAAAAAACACAAGCGCUCAUAAAGUGGGACGAAAAGUUAGAGCAGAAAUAGAGUUGGAUGCUCUGACAUUCCUUAGUACGCGAUUAGACGACGAACUGGCAACAUGUGGAUUUGUAUAACCCGACCGCGUUACGAAUCACCACUCGCUAUAGAUACUAAGACGACGAGCGUACCUACGUAUUUUUUGACGACUUUAUUGAAUCUAUAUACUGCUGCGAAUGAACGUACAGCUAAGUGAGCAUCAAGUUUUCGUCGUAUUUUUGUAUGACGUGCUUUAUCUACGGUACUUAUACAUCAAUGUAUUAACAUAUAUACUAUAUUUAAUAGUAUAUUUCACUUUUACCGCGAAACAACUUGUGCAGUCGAUCGCAAUAACAUAGAAACGCGCCAAAAUUAAAAAUAUAAUACGGACAAGGAGUUUGCAUAAUUCCGAAAAUGUAACAGUGCAUACAUGUUAUCGCGGCCGAUAAUACUACAUUUGUAUAUUACAUUAUUUAAUUUUAGUUAUGUAUAUUGCUGUGGUCAAAAAGGCCAAAUAUCCUUGAACUCAAUCUCCAUUUUACCGGAUUGAGUAGUGCGCAUGUCACAAACAUAAUUUUACAAAUAUAACUUUAUAAGUGCGCAGACGUCUUGUACUGACCCUAUAGGGAUUAUGAACGCGGUGUACAUACGGUUUAUGGCAUGUAUUUGACAAGUGGUCCCUUUUUAUUUACAAAUAAUAAAGUUCUUAUCUAACAAAUAGCAAACUGAUCACCACCUAUCGCUUUGGUCUAACAGAAAGCUCGGUGAGGCGCGAGUACUUAGCUCAUCACGCGAUGGGUGUACUUUCUGACUAGCCAAUUUUUUAUAUAAUAGUCGGAAAAACAAUCUUAUCUAUAUAAUAAUAAACUACUUAACUGACAUUCACUUUAACGUCGUGAAAACAAAAUGAAUAAAUUCACGGCCCCAAUUACUGCAGACACCUCCUAAUUUUAUUUUAAGUUAUACCUGUCAUUUUCUUAUCCACCGAAAAGGAAAGGGACAUAGCGUGCUGCAGUAUGCUCCAUACCCCCUCCGGCUGGCUGAGGGGAGGCCUGUGCUCAGCAUUGGGACGUUUAUAGGCAGUUUAUGUUAUGUAAAGAAUAGAACAGAUUAAAAAGAAUAUGAACGUCGUGUCUUAUAAGGAUGUGAAAUAAAUGGCCUUUAAUAGACAAGAAUAGAGAAUGCUACACCGACAACAGCGUGGCUCUUAAAUUGAUGAUGAUGAUGUUAUGAUAAUUAUGUACAGCAGUAGCCAAAAUGUAUCUUAUAUAUUACAAUUAUGAUUCUUCAUUGAGACUUUGUUGAUCAAAUGAUGUGAUGUUUAAAACUAUUUGUCUAUGUAGAAAAAUUGUGUAAUAUAUGACAUAUUUCCCUUCGGACCUCGCAUACUUAAAUAUUUAUGUAACAACUACCUUACCAAUAAAAAAUAAGCGGUGAUCGUUCGUAUAAGUACCUAUAUGACAGUUUUGCAGCUAAGUAGUUAAUGCCAUUCGCGAAAAUCUACAAUAAGAUACGACAAAAAAAAAUUACAUCCAAGCAAAAUUGAAUCCAAUUAUCAAACAAUUCGAUUGAACCUUGUCACUGCUUGACAAUUUUUAUUGGUAAGGUGGUAUCAAUCGACUAAAGACAGCUUUUUAAAACUAUGUAAAGACUACACAAUAUAAAUUGUUCAACUAUUCUUAUAAAUUAUACAUAAUAUAAAAUAUUAAAACCUCCUCAAAUUAGUUCUUAAAACACAUUCCUGGUAGAACGCAUCUUGUAAAUAAUAUAAAAUGUUUGUUUACUUAAUGUCUGUAAGAAAUGCUGAUUUUAAUUUAUUUAUACACUUUUCUCUUAUACAAACUUUACAUUUAAACUAAUUAUCGACUAAUAAAAAAUAAUACAAAUAAUAACAGUCACACAAUUUAUGAAUUUUAUUACAAAUUACAAAAAUGAAUGUGAUCUUAAUAUUUGUAUAUUUCUACAUUAUAUUAUAUUUAAAAUAUAUUCUAAUUCUAAAGAUUUAUUAUUAUACAGAUUUAUUUAUAUACUACUUAUGCAGAUCAUAUUCAAAAUAUAUUAGAUAAUAAUAACAGAAAAAGUGGUUGGACCACUAUUUUAAUGUAUAAUUCUUUUAACUUUAUGACGUGUUUCCUUCGUAGUGGUAUAAGAUUUUAAGUGUCUAAAAAGCCAAAUAGAACACUAAAAAGGAGUUAUGAAAAUAUGACAAUUAAUAACAUUCAGUAAAUUAAAUAUUUGAGAAUAAUAAUGACAAUGUUAUUCAUUCUAUGUAUGACCAUGUACCUAUUAGAUUUUUAUUAAUAUAAUUCUACUUUAUCGAUUACUAUCUCUCGAUAUAGGAAAGCGCUAGAAAAAAUAUUAUAAAAAAGGGAGGUACUUUCACCAACAGGCAAGCCUCAUACGUCCAGUUGAUUUAUGCAGUAUCUAGGAGGCACUUUUUUUCAUGACUAUACUAUAGGUAGAAUUUAUUUUUUUAUAAAAUAUUGAACUAAUAUAUGGUUUAGAUCACAAUUGGCACGACAUUAGGCGAGGUUUAUUUUUAUUUUAUUAUUUUACAAUGCAAUGUCAAUAAUAAUUAUUAUAAUAAAGUUACCAAUAAUGUCUUCAAUAAAUUCCAAAUAAGAUACUUACCUACAUAUUGUCAUUUUUAGGUACAAUUUCAAGACAACAAUACGCAUUAUUAUCAUACUAUAUAACUUAAAUAAAUAUGGAACUAAUUGUAAUAAAGGCUUAAUCAUUUGUGUUGGUAAAUGUAUUUAAGUAUGACUUUUGUACAGAGGUUGGUGUAAAACUAUGAGAAAAGUUUGUUUACAAAUUUUCACUGCAUUGUGAAAAUUGCGGUAGGUUUUAACACCAUCCUGUAAUUCCUGUAUUGUCGUUAAUGUAAAAAUCGCUGUGAUAGCAGUUAAGUUUUGUUGUUUUUAUGAGAAGGAGGGGUGUUGGGAAAUAAAGAUGGUUGAGGAGUUA